GCAAUUUUCAUAAUAUAUUCCGGAUGAACAAUAUAACCAUAGUGUUUUAUGUUGAUUGUUCUCAUAGUUAAAUACACAAUAUAUUAUUUGCUCUUAUAUUUUGAAUAAUUUUUAAAUUACUGAAAUUUUUAUUUUGAAUCGUUUUCAAAAUAACAAAGAUGUCUGGAGCAACAGCAUUGUUUGGAAGUACGGCUGGUAGAAACCAAUCCAAGAAUCUUGUUGAGUUUAAAGCUGGAAAAAUGUCUAUGAGAGGAAAAAUGGUAUACCCUGACAAGAGAAAGGGAUUGUUGUAUAUUCAUCAGUCUGAUGAUUCCUUGAUUCAUUUUUGCUGGAAAGAUCGUUCAUCUGGUGUAGUUGAAGAUGACUUGAUAAUAUUCCCUGAUGAUUGUGAGUUUAAAUUUGUGCCACAGUGUAAUACUGGAAGAGUUUAUGUGCUAAAGUUCAAGUCAUCAAACAAAAAAUCUUUUUUUUGGCUACAGGAACCAAAAACUGACAAAGAUGAUGAAAACUGUCGUCGUGUAAAUGAUGUCAUGAACAACCCUCCAGCUCCAGGUUCAAACCGCAGUGGUGGUACAACUCCUGAUGGUGAUUUACAAAAUUUAUUAAGUAACAUGUCUCAACAACAAUUAAUGCAGUUGUUUGGGGGAGUUGGUCAAAUCGGGGGCUUAUCAUCAUUACUUGGAACAAUGAGAUCAAGUCAAACGGGACGUUCAUCAUCAACAACUCAAGCAUCUAGUGCUCAACCUGCUAAUACUAGCAGUAGUACAAAUACUACUAGUGGCAGUAAUCGAUCAAUUAGCUCUAGUAGUUCUCCUCCUCCUACAAGUAGUGUGAACUCAGGUUCUACAGAAAAUCCAGAACAAAGAUCAGCUACUGGUAUCCAACUGAGAGACCUCCAAUCUAUGUUAUCUGGAUUGACUAGUGCUCAAGGAACAACUGACAAACCUCCAGUGGAUUUAUCGGCUGCUAUGGAUGUGGAAAAUUUACAAAGUGUAAUUGAAAACACAGGUGCAAUAAGCCAGUUAGCUCAGCAUUUACCAACUGCUGAAAGUUCAUCAGAUUCGACACCAACUAGUCAAUCAACACCUGACAAUUUAAAAGAUACUAUUACUUCCCCACAGUUUAGACAGGCUGUAAGCAUGUUUAGUAACGCUUUACAAACUGGCCAACUGGGAUCUGUGGUUCAACAGUUUGAUUUAGGAGAAGGUGCCGUGAGUGCAGCAAAUCAAGGAAACAUGGAAGAAUUUGUACGAGCUCUUCAGCAAGCUAAUAUCAGUGCUGAAGAGUCAGAUGAUGCUUGUCCAAUAAAUCCAGAAAAACGCAAAAAACCUGAUAAUGAUGAUAUUGGGUCAAAAUAAUGUUUAUAUUAAUAAUUCAUGAUGUAUUUUGAAUGAGAUUAAUUUAGGCAUUUAUUACAGUUUUUAAUUCAAUUUAUAAUAUACUUAUGAUAAAUAAAUAAUACAAAGUAAUGCAGAUA